GUGAGUAGGCGCUGCGCUUGUCCUGUGUCAGACUUUUAAGCUGUAAUGACGUUUGAUUGGUUAAAACAUUGUAACUGUGGAUCAGUAGAUCUGACUCUGCUUACCAACAACGCUUUAUCCUUAAUUAACGUCGAACCUUACAUUCAGAGUAUUCAUGAAAUUACUCCUGCUUUCGUCUUUGACUUAGCAGUUGUCUUAUUUGGUAGCGACAUUUUGCCUCGUCGUGGUCGCGCUGAGACCGAAUGUGUAGAAAACUUCCAGGCUAUUGUGUUCAAAUUGUCUGAAGAAAUAGGAGUGGACUUGGAUCACAUUGUACCAGAAGACCUUAUGGUUGGAGAACCCAGAGCAUUAUCGGAUUUUAUUGUCCUGCUGACCGCGUUUAUUGCCUACUGUCAUGAAUCGAAUCUUUUGGAGCUCCAAAUAUCAGCGAAUGAGUCUUCCUCUGAGUGUUCAGGCCGCUUGAUUACUAACUCAAAAGUAAAUUCAAAGACAAAGGAAUUUCUAGAAUGCCAGUUGUCUACUUCUCCUGAAUUACCACGUCAUAGUGUGACUUGUGCACCCAUGUUUUCUACAUCCUUUCACCAAUCUGAUCGGUCUCUUGAUCAAAGUACACCAGUGAAGCGGACUCCAGCAUCUUUCCAAAAUAGAAACCCUUAUCCACCCGUUGAUAAUGUCAAUUCAUUACUACAAAAAUCAAAUUUAUUUGCAGUCCAACCGGAUAGCGUGAAACCAAGUUAUCCUGUUGCUUCGUGUCUUUCCAAUUUCUUAGAGGUACAUACAGACACUUCACCUCCAGCAACACCAAAUGCAAUGAAUGGAUAUCUAGAAAUCGUCCAUUCUAAUUUAUCCGAUGCAGAUAUUCUACCUAGUUUAGAGAAUUCUUUGAAUAUGCAACAAUUUAUGCCUAGUUCUCCAGUUGAUGAAUUUAAGAAAAUAAAAAAUUCUGGCUCUCAUUUAACACGUUCACCUAAUAAGGAAUAUUUUGGAAGUAGAAAUUUUAUUUCUGCUGAAUCUACUGUGUUGGAUGAUCAGUCGUCAUUACAUGAACAUAAAGUGCAUCUUUCUACAUCCUCAAAUAAUAUCAAUAACAGAAGUGUUUCAUCCUCUGUUGAAUUAAUUCAUAAGUCAAUUAGUGAUAAACAUGAUAGUUCAAGUAGUGGUCGCGGUCGUAGUUUAACAGUUACACAAACAGUUCCUUUUCAAUCUAAUACAUCACCUCCUUCAAGUCUUCUUGAAUUACAUACUUUUCCAGAUUCACGUAAUACAACUCAUAAUUAUCCUAUAGAGCAUAAUAAUUCCUAUCCUUCUCAGAAAUCUUUAAACAAACUUGUAUCUAAUGAGAAAAUCAAUAAUAGUUAUGAUUCUAUUCAUACAAGUAGUAUAUUAGCUUGGAAUGAAGAGAAUAUUAAAUAUAAUAAGAAAAUAAAUAAAAAUGAAUUACAUGAUGGAUCAUUAGAUGAAUUAACUUCACUUUUAUCAACUAGUUUAAUAUCUGAUACAGAAAAAGUUUCAAAUGAAAUAUCUGGUCAUUGUCCAACUACUUCGGAUAUUUUAACUGAAAUUAAUGACUUCGCUUGUAUACUUGAAAAACGACUAAAUUAUUUAAGAUCUGUUUAUUCUCGUGCACAUUCGGAAGCUGAAGCAUUGGCUGGUUUAGUUCAAUUGGUCACAUCAAAAAGUUUAAAUAUUAUUGAACCUAUGAACAACAGUCAAGUAAAUGACAACAACAAUAAUAGUAUAUUAAAAAAUAAUCCACUUAAUGUUCAUGAGAACCAUUUGCAUUUAGAGUCUUUAUUAGUUAAAGCAAUUGAUCGUAUCGAUCAACUACUGGAAAAAUACAUUACUCCUUGUUCAGAAGUAAUUCAAAAUACUCAUAGCAAUUGUAUGAAUUCUGCAAUAUGUUUACAUCCUAAAUCAAAAAUAGUUGACAACUUUCCGACAAAUCAAACCUACUUUCAUUCAAAGAAUUCAUCUAAGUUCAGUUCUUUGUAUGAUGAUAGCUAUUCAGAUGUAGAGUUGAAAAAGUUAUUGGAUCUCAAACAUGAGUAUGUUCAAUAUUAUGCUUAUUUUUAUAUGAUCACAUUUUUAACACUUAAUAUAAUUCUUUUUUCUUGAAUAGAUAUUAUUAAGUUGCUAAUGUAUCUUAAUCACAUUAUUGUAUGGUCAGUUAGAUAGACUGUAAGAGUGGAUACAUGUAAAACAAACGAUGUAUCAUAUGAAUACAUAAAGCUAUAUUAUAACAAAAUGUUUAACUUUUCUCAUCAUUGCAUAAGAUAUGUCUCAUAGUAUUAAAAUUAAUUGACAAUAAAUAAUUCUCAAUAGAUUAUCUCUGAAUUAAAUAAAAGUAUCUUUUAAAAUUUGAUACUUCACUUUCCGAUCUUAUAGACUCAAUCAGUCAGUCAGCUACAACAUAGGAUCCAGGCGAGUUUAACUAUUUUACUGGACGAUUUUUUUGUACUUAACAUGUAUAUGUUUUCCAGUUGCUUGUGCCAUAUAUUUGUAAGUGUCUUUAGGCUAAAUGCAGGAAUUUCUCAUGGAAAGUUUAUAACGCGUUACAUUCCUGCCUGAUGUUUCAUAAGCAGUCUUGACUUUAAAAUUACUUUUCCUGAUCAUGUUCAUUAUUUUUAAAUUGUCAUAUACGUCAAGAACCUGCAUGUUAACCUGACCCAUACACGCGUUGCACUACAUCUUCAUGUCUUCUAAAUUUAGAAAUCAUCUGAAUCGUCUUUAAUAUUUAUCAGUGAACCCAUCAUAGUCGUUGUUGCUAAUCGUAUUUGGGUUUAUGGAUUGGUUUAUCAUAGUAGCAGCCUAAAAUGCAGACAUAGUUUAGAUAAUUAGAUUACAAAUUUAGGUACUAUCAACGGCACUAGUCAAAUAACUAAAUCCCCAGGUAGCUGUUGACUAAACAAACGUUUAAAAUCAAAACUCUGUAGCCUACUAAUAUUACCACUAAACGAAUAUUUCUGAAUUGAAAAUUAUAAUAUAAUUAGGCGUCUCGGAUUCUGUAACAUUACAAAUUUCUGAUAAUUUUGAAUCACCUAAAGCAAAAAUACCCAUUUUUCCACUGGCUAAUCCUCAAUCAACACUAUAACUAGUUAAACAUAAUAGUUUCAGGAUAUCGUCAUAAAGCAUUGUCAUGACUUGACAAUCACGUAAUAUGAUUGAUAAAAUUAAUGAAACUAUGAACAAAAUCGGUCAGCAAAUUGAUUUACAAUUAUCACUAGUGUUGUUUUUCUUUAAUCCUCAUUCACUACAGAUGAUUACAGUAUGUUUCUCUAUCAGUUGCUCAUUCAGUAAAUAUCUCAAAACCUUGUCAGUCUAAUUGGAGGUUUAGCGACACAAUAAUGCAUGCAAAUAAUCAAUAUAAGCAGUCGAGCAAAUCUUCUGCAAACUGAAAACAUCAAUGUCGAAUUUACCCCAACACUGACUAAGGUUCAAGCUAUUACCAUAGAUGUGAGUUGGGAGUGUACUACCCUUGGUUACAACUUGUGUUCUUCCUGAUAAUCACAUGAGCAUCUCUCACUGUUAAUCAUUUUGUAAAAGCUUAUUUAGCCGAAUACAUCCUGCAGCACCACAUCACCUAGUAAUAUGACACAUAGGCCUAACUGAUUUCAAUAACUUAUAAUCACUAUAUCUCAAUUAAAUCGUAUUCCGCCUUAUGAUAAACUGCAUACUUGCAACUAACUUGUAUGCAUCAUCAGCCGUCAGGUAUAAAUAUGUAUAAAUAAUCUAUGGCAACUCAGAACAUUGAGUCUAGAGCAUGUCUCUUACGAAUACACUCAUGUUUAACGAUUUGUUCUUAGCUAUCUGUCCAAAACUCAUAUAAUUAUCACUCAUGUAUUGAAAUUUUGUUUUAGUAACCAUUCAUGUGUAUUAGUAGUAUUAAUAAAUUCUAUCACGGUCAAGUAAAAACGAGGUUGAGAAAAUCUCCACGUAACUAAAUAAACCGUAUCAAACUAACUGGAACACUAGUUGGAAUUCUUUUCCAUGGUAAUACUUUUGUUCUUUCAGUUAGCCUACUAAUACAGAUGCAAUUAGAAAUCACAUAUGAACGGGUUACCGGCAUAAUUGUUAAUUGGUCUCAUAAUUUAAACCAAAACUAAUACCAAUAUUAACAUUCCUACAAUAUUCAUUACUUUAAUAUUUCUAAACACAAAAAACUUACUACCUAAACGUCAAGUUAUUAACCAACGGCUAUUAACACGGAUUGUUUUAUUAUUAUUACUGUAAUCCCAUUUUUUAUAGCUCAAAUAAUCUUCACCCAAAUGCCCUGGUACAGCCGAGAGUGGGGAGAGUCCGCUCUCCCUCUCGAAAUGCUCUCACACGGCCACGCGUAUAUAGCCUCUGCCAGGGAAGUCCUACUCACUGCCUUCUCGUGGCGGGGGUGUUGCUUACGAAAAUGAGAGGACGAAAAGCGAAUGUCCGGCGCUUUAACCGGAUUCCAAACCAAUGGUGCACAUGUGCUCCAGUAUCCUGAAGGAACAAAUGGUGUAUGAACCAAUUGUUGGUCACCGGCUUCCACGGGACUGCAUCUCCUUACGAUGCUCCACUGCCUUGUGGAUCAGACCUUCAGGUUGAAGGCUCGGGCAGCGGCCCCCUAAGAAAACCGCCUGCUUCGGUUUGGGCACCCGGGCAGUAUCAUAGCCCUCACACAUAUCGAAUGGGAUUUGUGUGGCGCAUAUGUAUUUGGUGCCUCCUUGUACCAAUGUCUAUGUGUU